ACGCCGUCUUUCUACAGUUCCGCCGAACGGAGUAAAAACCCAGAAUCCAAAAGGCAUUAACGAUCAUUUUUAUUUCUCAAUACCUUACUGAGUCGGGAACGAGUAAAACCAAUGGACAAGGCCGGGUUUGGCUCUGAAUACGCUGCCACCACCGCUCACAACACUGUUUUUAUUGACACCAACCUCGAAACCCACCUGGCAAUGAUCGUCCCCGAUUCCGAUACUGUUUCCGAUCUAAAAAAAAAGAUAGUGUAUGAACACGCAUUGUGCUUUCCCAACAUUGGGGAGAUAAAGGUUCAUGCUUUAAAGGUAAAGCGUAGAGGAUGUUUCUAUUACCUUUCAGAUUUAAUGCCUGUUAAAAGUGCUUUUGAGGGGGUCAGUAAAAGUUGGUUUCUUUUUGGUGACGCCUCAAGUGUGAAGGGUCAGAAAGAAAUUAGUCAUUCCUGCAAACCUGAUUCUAGAAACAAAGCUGCCCAUUAUGACAUCACAAAUAAUAAUUAUUUAGCUGAUGUGGUUGAUCUUCUGCCUGAUGGUCCUUCCAGAAGGUUGUCCAACAUUGAUGAUUCAUUAUUGCUGCAACUUGCAGACAAACAGCAUCAGGAACUGAUUCCUAUUGCUGAACGGUUUGGUUCAUGCCAAGUUAAGAAGACAGGUGGCAAUGAUAGUUCUUUAAUAGAUCAUGGAGUGUCAGCAUCCGAUGCUGUUAAUGGGACCUCAAGGCAACAAGAGAUGACAACCUCCAAUUGCUCCUUACAAGAAAAUCUGGAAAGGGAAAUUGCAAUCUUAGAGAAUACUGAACCAUUGGGGGAAAACGACAGGUUGACACACACUGCAAGCGGUAGGAAGAGGAAAAGAGAAGAACAGGCACCAAAUCCUAGUCAAAUGGUUGGUGUAAUCUCUUCAGAAAAAGAAGUUGAGGAAACACUAAAAUUGCCUCAAUCAAUUGGGGAAGAUGUGAGCAACACCGGUGUUGGCAGUGGGGAAAGCAAAAAUGAAGCAGUUGAUUCAGAAGCUGAACAGGUGAAGGAUGUGAAUAUGCCAGUGGACCAGCAUGCCAGGCAUGUUGAGGAGCAUUCUUCCCCUAUGAUCCAGGAGCCUAGUAAUCUCAGGGAGAGUGGGAUCACUGGCCAUGAAAAUCAGACUGUUGGGAUUGAGGAUGGAACUGUGGAAGUUGGCAAGUCUAUGAGGAAAAGAAAGUCCAGAAAGGCUCAGGGUCCAGAUGUGGAAACAUCAACAGCAUCUCGAACAGAACAUCUUAGGGAAAGCAACACUGGUAUUGGCAAUGGGGAAAGCAGAAGUAAGGCAGCUGAUUUAGAAGCUCUGCCUACGACAGAUACAAUUAUGUUAGUGGACCAUCAUGUCAACCAUGUUGAGGACCAUUCGUCCCCUAUGAUCCAAGAGCUUAGAAGUCUCGGGGAAAGUAUGGUCACUGGGCAUGAAAAUCACUCUGUUGUGGUAGAAAAUGGAACUAUGGAAGCUGGCAAGCCUUUGAGGAAAGGAACCAAGUCCAGAAAGGCUCAGGAAGCUCUGCCUAUGAAGGAUACAAUUAUGUCAAUGGACCAUCAUGUCAGCCAUGUUGAGGACCACUCAUCCCCUAUGAUCCAAGAGCCUAGAAGUCUCUGGGAAAGUAUGGUCACUGGGCUUGAAAAUCACUCUGUUGUGGUAGAAGAUGGAACCAUGGAAGCUGGCAAGCCUUUGGGGAAAAAAACUAAGUCCAGAAAGGCUCAGGGUCUAGAUGUGGAAACAUCAAUAGCAUCAGGAACAGAACAUCUUAGGGAAUCACUUGGUGAUGUCUCUCCAACUGAGCUUCCUAUAAGUGAUAAAGCUGAGAAAAGUGGUUCAACUCAGCUGAAAGAAGCAACAAAAAUGAAAACAGUAAGUGCUACUCCAGCUGAUGAUGAGGGCACUAUUGAAGUCAUUCAAGAUGUGUUGGAAUCCUUGCAUGUGUUGGAAUCCUUGCAUCAAUACGGCAAGUAUAUAGCCAAUCAGGAUAUGGAUAAGAAGUCGAAGAAGAAAGCCAAGAAGAAAAGAAGCUCUACUCUUGUGGAGAAUGUGGAGACAAAGGGAAUAGAUGAUCUUGAUCAUUACAACCCAAAGACUUCAACUGAUUAUGUGAACUUGUCAGCUGAAUCCUCAAAGGGGACUAAGUUGGUGAAUACAACUUCAAUGAAUAAAUUAAACAGAUCAGAGGAAUCCCAGAAUAAUGCAGAGGUUGAAGGAAAUUGUGAAGUCCUGCCUCUUCAAGAUGUUGUCAGUGUAAACUGCCCUGCAAUUAACUUCACAAAUGAUAAAAAUAAGAGCAUAAAUGUUUCCUGUGAAGACAAUAGGAUUAAAAACCAACACCAGAAUGAAGCUGUUGCUUCUAGUGAAAAACAUGUUGACAAGGUGACUGACAAAGGAGCAGCAGACAGCAAGGCAAAAGCUACAAAGAAGAAAAAGAUGCUCAAUAUACCGUCUACUGGGCCCUCACCCAAUUUACAACAUUCAGUGAUGUCAAAUGAAAAUCAUAGUAGUGGAGGAGAUGCUCAAGUCACCAGCUCUGAACCCAUCCAAAAUAAGAAAUCAUCAUUAAACAGUGUUAAUGAGUCUGAUAGAGUCAUGGUUCAAUCAAACAACAAGCUUCCAAGCAUUUCGUUAAGUAGAGAAAAACUGCCAGAAUCUAACAAGUCUGAAAAGCAGAUUACUCCAGAAGAAGCUCGAACACCAAUUGUCACCAAUUCUUCAAAGAUAAGGACUCAGUUGAAGUUUUCUGCAUCAACAUCCUCUAGCUUGGAAAGCUGUAAAAGCAUAGGACACAAAAACAAAAGCAGUAAUGCACAUCAAUCUCAUUUGACUGUUAAAAAAGCUCAAAGAAAUGAUACCAGGGAAGUCGUGGAUAGCUCAGAACAGAAAAGGGGCCUGAUUGCGACCUCUGGAAUGAUAGAUGAAAGAGGUAAUGGGAGUCAAUCUCAUGUGGCUGUUCGAAAAGCUCAAAGUAAUAACAAUGGAGAAGUAGUGGAUAGCUCAGACCGCAAGAGGGGUCUCCUGGCAAUGUCAAGUACAAUAUUUAAGGAUGAUGGUGAGGAGAGUUCUGACGAGGAAGACAAAACAGAUGACUCAGAUGCCAGCACUAGAACUCCAUCAGAUAAAUCAUCCUCAUCUGAGUCUUCUGAUAGUGAUGCAGACUCUAAUCCAUCAGAAAAUGGAUCGUACAGCUCGAAAGGACAAGGAAGUGGCGGAAGAAACAAGAAAUCAUUGCCUUCAAGCCCGAGAAGCAUGCCUUUGGAAGCUAUCCUUCGCAGUUCAACAAGAUACAAGCGGGCAAAGCUAACAUUUUCUCAGUCACAUUACAAUGACACCGAAAGCCAGCCCGAGGAAUUCGUUCCAGAUUAUCAACGAAAAUAGUGUCACCAUGCGCAUGCCUUCAUCUUUCAUUAUGUUCACCUUGUUAUGAUUUCAAAUUUUCUUGCAUUUUACAUCAUUCCAAUUUUCCAAAAUUUCAAGUUAAAACCAAGGGAACAUGGAUUUUUUUGUUUUUUUUGGAGAGAUAAUUAAUGGAUAGGGGAUUC